AUGAGCGCAGAGGAGGGAGAGGCGGGUCCUGCUUGUGGGAAGGUGAGGGGGGGCACUACCCUCGCCCACAGCCACACCUGGGAUGAAGGCGAACCGCACGGCUCCCAUAGACGUCGGCACCCCGACGAUGAGGAGGAGGGAGAGCCGGGAGAGCCGGGAGAGGACGCUGAGGGCUGCCGGGAGGGCCGGCGCUGCAGGGAUGCAUGUGAGGGGAACAACGAGGGGAAUAUCUCCAGUGAGGAGGAAGCUGUCGGCGGAAGAUCGUGCAAAGAGCAGACGAUGCAUUCAAACAGCAGCAGCGAGACCUGCAUCCCCACUCCCAGCUGUCGGAUCUGCUUCCAAGGCGCAGAGCAGGGCGACCUGCUGAACCCGUGCCGGUGCGACGGCUCGGUGCGGUACACCCACCAGCACUGCCUGCUGAAGUGGAUCAGUGAGCGAGGCUGCUGGACCUGCGAGCUCUGCUGCUACCGCUUCCACGUCAUCGCCAUCAACAUGAAGACACCUUGGCAGUGGCAGUCCAUCACCAUCACACUAGUGGAGAAGGUGCAGAUCAUCGCGGUUUUUCUGGGCUCUCUCUUCUUGGUGGCCAGCAUCUCCUGGCUGCUGUGGUCAGCUCUCAGCCCGCAGGCCGUUUGGCAGCGGCGUGACGUCCUCUUCCAGAUCUGCUAUGGCAUGUACGGCUUCAUGGACCUGGUCUGCGUAGGCUUGCUUGUCCACGAGGGGGCAGCAGUGUACAGCGUCUUCCUGCGCUGGCGGGCCGUCAACCUCCACUGGGAUGUUCAGAGCUACGAUAAAGCAAAGGACAUGGAGGACACGAGCACGGGCCAUUCCUUGUUGGCUCCCAGAACGCUUUGGUUGCCUCUGGCUACCUUUGGGCCCAAUGGCCCCUUAAGCCCCACCCAGCUGGGGCCACAGCCAUGGACCUGCCUCUGUUUGGCCCCCUUCUGCCCCGGCCUGGUGCCCCGAAACAACCUCAGCCAGGACAGUGACUCAGAGGUCGUCAUUCGUGUAACAUCGGUGUAACAACAGGCGAUAUUUAUGCAGGAACAAAGCAUCUGAUGGUUUGUACUUGGUGGUAACAAUCUGGGCUUCUAUGGGCAGUUUAUAAUAUCACACAAUUUGUUGUGUUCUUUUUAAAGAUUUUCUAAAUUGUUUCCGAAUUAGUUAGAAUUGUUUGUCUGCUCUGGGGCCGGUCCUCAAAACAAUCUCAACAUUUAAAUGAAUUCACAUGUGAGGAGGUUGUUGCCUUUGUGUUUUAUUCUUUAAAAAAUAUUUUUCUGCAUAGAAGUACAUGAACCACACUCCCCUUUCCUUUUCCAGACCAUUGUACAGCAUUCAUGUCAUUUGGGAUAGAAAGUGAUGAUUAUCAGAUUUACAACUUGUGACCAUUUUCAUCAUCACAAAACUCUAAUAAUAAUAAUAAUAAUAGUUUAGGAUGGCAGAGUUGGAUGUGUGAGAGUUGAUACUCUGCAUUAUAUUCCUUAAAUGACCUUGAUGGAUGGGCUUUGGCUGAGUUGAGGCAUCCAUUCUAGUUUGUUUUAGACACUUCUGCAUUGUUUGACACCAGAUCGGAUAUGUGGGAUCUUUCAGAAAACAAUAUUGUCGGAUGUUGAAGUGAACAAGUAAUUACAAAAGUUGCCACAUGACAUGUACACAGCAUAAGGGCGGAUGUGUCUUCAGAUAUUCUAGUAAACCUUAGUUUUACAUUACUGCAGUUUCCUAUAAUUUCAUAAAUUAGAACUAAUAUGUAACUAAAUGUAUAAAAACAAAAUCUUAGAAAGAACUGUAGUGGGAAAAUGGAGGCCAUGUUUAAUUGGUACACCUCCAAUUUCCAAACAUAAAAAAAGAAUGUAAAUUACCUUGUUUACAUGGGUUCAAAUAGAGGUCCUUGUACUUGGUACCAAAUUAUCUGAAUAUUACAGGUAUGUAAAGUAAAGUGUUACCGAUAUAGCAACAUGACAAAAAGCCAAGCUAGCAGCCCAGUGAGCCUGUAAGUACAUUACACAUCAAGGAAAACAGCUGGACAGUUGUCAAAUCAAGAGAAAGCAUCGAUCCUAGGAUUCUUACCACUAGUGGUGCAAAAAACAUUUAUCAAUCUAACCCAGACUUUGUGUCCAGACUCAAUGCAAAGCAAAUUGUAGUGUUGCAACUACUGCACAUUAAGUUACUGCACAUUUUCUCCAGUUACAAUUUAAUUUGGGUUAAACAAUUUGUGCUAACCCCGAAGCUACAGGAGUCCGCUAUGAGAAAAGUGGCACAGACUGACGCAUGUACUGAUCUGUUCGGUGAUUUAAAUAAGUCCUUGACAUUUAUCACAAAGCUUUGCUAAGAUUUACUUCUCAGUUACUUUGGCUUAUGUUUGCUUGGAGCUUAACAUACUAAACAUUUUACAAUUGGCACAUGAACACUAUUACCGUUAGCAUUUAAACAUGCUAAUGUUCAAUGUAGGGAGAAAAGAUCCAUCCAUCCAUCCAUCGUCUACUGCUUAUCCAGGAUCGGGUCGCGGGGGCAG